GUUCCCUCCGCGGGAUUCUCUGGAGCUGGUUCAUCACCUCCGAAUACUCCUGUGACAGGAGGCGCUUACAAAACCCGCCUCCAGCCCCCAGAAGCAAAUAAAUAAAAGGCUCCCAGCCCAGAAGAAGCCAGAAGAAGUUUCUAGGCGCGCGUGCCUGGGCUUUAUUAAGCUGCUGGCUGCACUGUAGACCGCAGCGGCUCUGGCGGUGAGCCUGGGCACAGCCUGGGAAGACGGUGCUGGCUGAGCUCUGCUGAGACAGUGCCGAGAGGGGCCCUCUGAGAUUCCGCUGGAGGACCAGUCCGGGUCACAUUUGGGGGCUGGGACCCCAGCCUAGUGUGCGCCACCGUCCUUGGCAGUGGAUGGUUCAGCUUCUUCCUGGCAGAAGAUCAGCAUUUUCUGAAGCUGAAGAAUAAGCUUUGAAGGCCAGCUCACCCCAUCACCUUGUUCUGUGACCUUGGGCAGGUGGCUCCUUCUCUCUGAGCCUCUGUUUCCCCGCUGAGCCAAGCAGCCACCAUGGCUGACGGUCAGAUGCCCUUCUCCUGCCACUACCCAAGCCGCCUGCGCCGAGACCCCUUCCGGGACUCUCCCCUGUCCUCCCGCCUGCUGGAUGAUGGCUUUGGUAUGGACCCCUUCCCUGACGACUUGACCGCCUCUUGGCCUGACUGGGCUCUGCCCCGGCUCUCCUCCCCCUGGCCGGGGACCCUGAGAUCAGGCAUGGUGCCCCGGGGCCCCACUGCCACAGCCAGGUUUGGGGUACCUGCUGAGGGCAGGAAUCCCCCACCCUUCCCUGGGGAGCCCUGGAAAGUGUGUGUCAAUGUACACAGCUUUAAGCCAGAGGAGCUGAUGGUGAAGACCAAGGAUGGCUACGUCGAGGUGUCUGGCAAACAUGAAGAGAAACAGCAAGAAGGUGGGAUUGUUUCUAAGAAUUUCACGAAGAAAAUCCAGCUUCCUGCAGAGGUGGAUCCUGUGACAGUAUUUGCCUCCCUUUCACCAGAGGGUCUGCUGAUCAUCGAAGCUCCCCAGGUCCCUCCUUACUCACCAUUUGGAGAGAGCAGUUUCAACACCGACCAUCCCCAGGACAGCCAAGAAGUCACUUGUACUUGAGACCCCAGUCAUGGCCCAUUCUUCUUCUGUCCCUAACCCUAGUGCUCCUCUGACUCCAGGGUAUUUUACUUUUAGAACUCAAUAUUUAAAGCAACUAAAAUAUUGGGGGUUUGGGAGGGAUACUGACCACCAAUUCUUUGAAUAGUGUAGUAGAUUUUUCUCCACAGAUGAUGCAACUGGCAAAUCAUGCUUACUUGCAUUAGGCCCCAAUACUAGUUUUUCUUUCUUUACCUUUUCUACCUUGAUGAAAAUGUUACACAUUCUGUAGUUGCAAAACAAAUAAAAGAGGACUUAACAUUUCACAUUGUAUCUUACCUUGCAGCUAAUGCAAGGGUUACUUUUCUCUGGGGACCUCCCCAUCACCCAGGUUCCUAUUCUGGGUGCCCAGUUUCUCUGCCUGCCACAUCAUUUGGUUGACGAAACCCAUUAGCUUACCCCAUUGUGCUUCUUACACCCUGGCCUUAAAAGGGUAGUAGACAGGUCUUACAUUCCCGUAUGGGAUUUAUUCAUUAACCACAUGAAAACAAACAGUGCCUUCUGCUCUCUGCCCAGAUGUUUCCAGCACGUUCCCAAGGUUCCCAAGCUGGCACUCCCUAAGGACUCUUGGAGACUCUCAGUUUAUUCUAUGGCCAAGGUCCCCAGUUUCUAUUGUCCAAGUUGGGAUUUUUACAGAGGGUGCUGUCUCUAGACAGCUCCAUGAGGAACCAAGCAAAGGCCAGAUAGCCUGGCAGACAGGCUAGUGGUAUUGUGUAUAUGGGUGAGAUGUGUGUGUCAUUGUUAUUUGAGUUGUGCUGUUGAAUAGAGUAAAAUAACAGUAAAUAAUAAUAAUAACAAUAAUAAAGGAGCUGAUGUUCUUA